AUACCGAGAAACUCAAGAUCCGGAUCGCUCUCACUAAACUAAUCCCUCCCUCCCUCCCUCCCUCCCUCCAUGGAUGGAUGCAUGUGUGGAGAUCAUCUUCCUGUCACUCGGUCCCCUUUCUUGGCCGUGAGGAUCCAACGAUCGACUCGUCACACUUUCUCCUCACACUUUUUUCUCUUUCGCUCCCCUCACGUCUUGACUUGACCUCUUUUUUUUUUCUCGCUUCCUUCUUUGUUCUUCCCGUCCGAACUUACACUUCCUCCACUUCUGCCUCCCCUCUUCGCCGUUCCCACUAGACGCUUGGACGCGCAGUGGGCCUAGUUUCGUCACCAAUCGCCCUUCCUAGUCGCGUUUUCUCACCUUCCGCCUGAGACAUUGCUUUUUCCUCCUUGCUCUAUCGGUCGACUCCCUCCCCGAUCCUUCUGA